AUGGGCAAAGGUGUUCGGCAGAGAGCCACGACGAUAUUGACGAUCUGGGUCAAGCAGAUGUGGGGAAACAAAUUCGACCUAGCCGAACAAGCGACUGCAAAUGCAAGUCCGAAGAAACCACAGGCCAAGCCACGAACCAACGACCCUCUUGCAUUGGCAAGGGAAGCCAAACGAAGGAGAAUCGAGGAUACUCCUGUGGAAGAAGGAGUUGACCAAUCCAGAAGCAAUCGACAAAUGGUUAGGCGAAGACUUCAACUUGUUGGAUGCUCUUCGGGCUCAGAAGCGGAAGCUAUCGGUAAAGAUGUUCUCUCUACACUUGGCAAUGAAGAACAUUGCUGGUUGGACAACAUUGAAGUGGUGAAAAUCUACUUUGACUUACAAGAAUGGUGGGAGACAACUGGCAAAACCAACCACCCAAUCAUUUAUGAAAUUGCUGUGCGCAUCUUUGCAAUGCCAGAUAGCAACGGCUUCCAAGAAAGAGUUUUCAGUUCUUGUACAUGGUUUGAUGGAAAACUCAGCAAUGGACAGAAGGUUGACAUGACAUUCCAAAUGCGCCUUCUUUGCUACAAGAACAGUGCAUCAUCCAGAACUACAAGCAAUGCCUCAAUGAUGCAAGAAAGGAAUGGGCUAAGAAUAGGACCAAGGCUCUCCUCAAGCUAA